AUGUUGACCGCUACAUCCAGGCGCCAGGAUUUCUUUGUCCAACAACAGCAACAACAGCAACAACAGCAACAACAGCACUCACAUAGUCAAAUCCAAUCUCAACAUCAACAGCAAUAUCCAUCAUCACAAGGAUCUAAUAUCCUCCUGAGCGAUUCCCUUGCUCUGAGCACAGCCUCUGCAUCAAGAAUUGAUGAAAUUGAUCGAUUGAGUGUCUUUCUGACAACUGCCCCAACUUAUCAGAUGGAAAUCUCAAAGUUCCUGUUACCGACCGGCGAAACGAUAUCUUGUGUCCUUUGGAACGAGCUUUACCAUAUAACCGGCACGGACAUUGUACGCUCCCUGGUCUCGCGAUUUGAAAGCUUUGGUCGCCCUGUACGCAAUAUUAAAAAGUUUGAGGAGGGUGUCUUCUCUGACCUUCGAAACCUCAAGCCUGGUGCCGAUGCCUGUCUUGAAGAACCCAAAUCACCCUUUUUGGAGAUGUUAUACCGUAACAACUGUAUUCGAACACAGAAAAAGCAAAAAGUGUUUUACUGGUACUCUGUACCUCAUGAUAGACUUUUCCUUGAUGCUAUGGAGCGUGAUCUCAAACGUGAGCAAGCAGGAACAGAGCCAACCUCUCAAGCAGUGGCCGAGCCCGCCUUGUCCUGCACUCUGGAGACAGUUCGUGAUCUGGUUGAGCGUUUGUCUCGAAGAACAAUUGAGAUGAAUACCAUUACCGAGACACUUCAGAGCUUUACGCCGGAUGGAGUCGCUCCCAUGAGUCGCCAGCUUCCUGCAGCCAUCUCCCCUUCAGCUACUUCACCCACUCAAGCACAGCUUGUACCGGAAGGUGCAGUAUCGUCAGCAACAUCGACCACAGUUAUUCGUAACGACAGCAACGGAGCAUCAAUCAACGAGAUGCGAAGAGGAUUCCAGCAUGGUCAUCCAUUUGAUGAUAUUGGAUCGGAUGACAAUUCUGAAUCCAAAGUGCCCAUUGAUACUGAUGGCUCCCAUAAUAUUGGAUCAGAAGUCAUGAGCCACCCCUCAGAUACGAAUGCAGGCCUUUUCGGUUCUUUUACGCUGUUUGAGGGAUCACCUACAUACAAGAAACGACGUAGGCGUUCCACUGCCAAUCCUUCAAUGCUCUCGGAACAAAUCGAACGAGGUUCAGAUAUCAUCAACAGCAAAGGAGUUUUGCACAGUGAGGGACAAAAUGGUACCUUUGACUUGGAUCAAGAUUUAGCUGACAGAUACCUGGAUGGUAAUACUGGCCAUAAGAGUGGCCAAGUUGGCAGCUUCAUGCAAGAUUCAACUAGACCCAUCCAUCAUAAAGGAUCUGCUUCCAUAUCAUCACUUCCAUCUCUUCAUGGAGGAACUUCUUCCCAUUCUUCCCAUUCUUCUCGUUCAUAUGCAUGCCCUGUACAGCCAUGUGGUCGUCUAUUUAAGCGUUUGGAGCAUUUAAAACGUCAUUGGAGGACGCAUACUCUGGAGCGUCCCUACGCUUGCAACAUCUGCUCAAAGCGGUUUUCACGUAGCGACAAUCUCGCUGCUCAUCGUAAAACUCAUGACAAACCAUCUUGGGCUAAUGACGAAGACUCGUCUGCUCCUCGUGCAGACACUGAACUGGAGACUGACCUUGAGGGUGAUGAGCAGGAUAAUGACGAACAUCGGAGGGCAUCUAAAGGGUACGCUUCUGACCAUAGUGUAGUUAGGAAGCGUCGUCGUAUGCAUAAGGAACGUGGUAUGGAGUCCAUGAGCGAACGUGAGAGCCUAAGUGGUCUCAGCAGCGGUGAUGAAGAUGAAGAUUCAAGCAUGCUCAACAUGAUGCGUCUAUCAUCCUUGAAUCAGGAGCAGCAGCAGCAAUAUCUGCUUCAGCAGCACCGUCAACCCCACGCCAAAGCAACAACACCUCUGCUUCAAGCCCAGCACCCUCCUUAUGCUCUCAGUAGCCAGCGCCCGAGCGUGUUUCCCGAGCUUGCUAGUCAGAAUUUCAUGCCAGCAAUGGCCAUGAUGACUGCCAAUCAACCAUAUCCACACUAUGUAGCAGCUGGUCCGCUCUCCGCUGGCUUUGGUGGCUUCAUUGCAAACCAACCAGUCCCGCCUCCAUUGUAUACGCUGGAUGAAGAAGAAGAGGACGAAAGCGAGGAAAUCUCAGACAUGGAGAAGCUCCGAUAUCAGUAUGAAUACAACAUCAAGGCCGCUAUUGACUCGACUCCAGUGUUGUCUGAAGUAACCAAGAUGAUGAAUUCGCCUUAUGGCGCAGCAUUUGGCUAUGGGAGUGUCAUGACCGAUUAUGCGCCAUAUGGUGCAUACCCGCUUGCCACUCCCAUUGGUCUUGGAGGUCGAUUUCCGUUUGACUCUACAGCAGCAGCGUCAGCAGCAUCAGCAAACUUCUUGGCGACCUCGAUGGUCCCUUCAUCUUCUGCUUCGUCUGCUUCGGUUGCGACCUCAAACUCUGGUGCUCCGUCCAAUUUCCCAAUUGUACAUGCUACGGCUCUGCCGCCUUCGCACCAUCAUCAAGAGUACCUUGAGUUUACGCUUGGAAGUAUGCUUCCAACAUCGGUUUAG